UCAGGGGAACCUAGGCUGGGGGAUGUCCCUUCCUCUUCCUCUCCCUAUCCCACAAGUGAAGAGAAGGCUAUUCCCUUUCCCCAGUGCCCCUUCCCAUUCCAAGAGCAAGCAGCAGAUGCUGGAACCAGGCAGGACGUCUUGGGCAGCCGCUGUAGCCUUCCAAGAAGCUCCUAGCCUCGCUUAGCUUAACCUAGCCACAGAGCUGGAGGGAGAACCUUGGGCUCAGACCCUCCUAUUUCCCAGACUUCUGGGUCCUCUGGGCUCUGGCCUGCCCUUCAGACCAUAAGAAUUGUGAAGAAGCCAGAAUAAUAAACCCAGGCUUGGAGGAGACAGAGUAGACCUGAGAAGCAGGAAAAACAGUUUUCACCUGGGAAGGAGAGUGCUUCCUGUUCUUCGCCUCUCUUUCUGAAAGCGAUGCUAAACAGUGAAGUCUUCUCCUUUUCUACCUACACAAAACCCUAGAAACAAACCUUUUCCUUUAGUUCUCUCCUCACCACGCGGAGAUUCAUUCGGGGGACAUUUACCCACCCUUCCCUUGAGGGAACGGGGCUCAAGCCACGCAGGGGUUAACUUUUCUGAAAACACAAUUAACUUUUUCCUAUCCUGCGUGGGGAGGGGAGGGAUAUAUUUAUUUAAUCACUGGGGGAUGGGGUGGUCUCAAUCCAAAUGCUCCCUCCUCCCUCCAAGGCACAGACGCCUCUUUCGCAGAUCCUACGUAGGUGGAACAGGACGCGUUGUGUUGUCGGGGGGAGAGAGAGAGAGAGAGAGGGGAGAAGGAGAAGAAGGAGGGAAAAAAAAAAAAGGUUGAUAGGUUUGUGCGCGGGUCCCUCGCGCGGGCUGCGCUCCUCCUGGGUGCUAUUUGACAAUUCCUGCCUCUGCCAUUGGUCAGUGUUGGAUCAGAUGGUUGUAUUUCCUUCUGGCCCUCACUGGCACCUCGCCAUCCCCCCUCAGCUAAAACCCAAUCUCAGAUAUACUACUAAUAGGCGCGGCGCUCGGACUAUAAAACACAACAAAUCAUAAACCCGGCGGAGCAGCAGCGGCCGAGCGCGCCUCCCCUCCCAAUGAGUUCCUAUUUCGUGAACUCCACCUUCCCCGUCACUCUGGCCAGCGGGCAGGAGUCCUUCCUGGGCCAGCUACCGCUCUACUCGUCGGGCUAUGCGGACCCGCUGAGGCACUACCCCGCGCCCUACGGGCCCGGGCCCGGCCAGGACAAGGGCUUUGCCGCUUCCUCCUAUUACCCGCCCGCUGGCGGCGGCUACGGCCGAGCGGCGCCCUGCGACUACGGGCCGGCGCCGGCCUUCUACCGCGAGAAGGAGUCGGCCUGCGCGCUCUCGGGCGCCGAAGAGCCGCCCCGGUUCCACCCUGAGCCGCGGAAGUCAGACUGUGCGCAGGACAAGAGCGUGUUCGGCGAGGCGGAGGAGCAGAAGUGCUCCACCCCGGUCUACCCGUGGAUGCAGCGGAUGAAUUCGUGCAACAGUUCCUCCUUUGGGCCCAGCGGCCGACGCGGCCGCCAGACCUACACGCGCUACCAGACGCUGGAGCUGGAGAAAGAGUUUCACUACAAUCGCUACCUGACGCGGCGGCGGCGCAUCGAGAUCGCGCACGCCCUGUGCCUGACCGAGCGGCAGAUCAAGAUCUGGUUCCAGAACCGGCGCAUGAAGUGGAAAAAGGAGAGCAAACUACUCAGCGCGUCUCAGCUCAGUGCCGAGGAGGAGGAAGAAAAACCAGCGGAGUGAAGGCGUUGGAAAGGGAGGGGGGACGCGAAGGGAGCGGCCUGUGGGGAGCCGAGGGCCUCGGAGAGCCCCGAGAAGGCUCUGCGGGCGGGGGACCCGGGGGACCUGCUCUCUAGCGCACGACACGUGCGGGGGGGCCCAGCGCUCUCUGGACACCCCCGCCCGCAGAGCUCUCAUUGGGUGCUGGGAGGCCCUGCCGCCUGUGCCCACCCAGCACCCUGAGCGCCCCCUCCAUCCCUGCGGGACCCGCUUCAGCCCCAUCAGGCUCCCCUGUGAGAACUGAGGACCGGACUCACUUGAUGUUUCCUGGAAGCAGAGCAAAAUGCUCUUGUCCGUGUCGCGUCUCAUUUCGUCCAUGUCCCCGGUGCACGGUUCAAUGGUAGAUUCGCAGUCCCCUCAGCGGGGGCCUCGAAGACUCCCUGACCCCAGACCUCUCUCCCACCCCCUCCCUAAAGCCACUGGAAGGAGCACAUACUACCUAGAAGUAAGAAGAGGAGCCUCAGAAGAAAACAAAGUUCUAUUUUAUUAAUUUUCUAUGUGUUGUGUUUGUAGUCUUGUCUUAGCUCUGGACGUGAAAUACUUCGGUAAUAAUAUUAAUAUUAUUAAUAAUGAUGAUGAUAAUAAUAAUAAAGACGUUAAAACUC